AUUAAGCCCUAGACCGUCAUUGGCCUAGUUUGGGUUCAACUACCAAGUAAGCAAAGCAAUCUCUUGGACUAGGCCACACUUCGUUCGCUACCCAAACUGAGUCUGACACACAGUCUCAGACCCCUCUGAGAUUUUAGACUCCCCUCUCUGUGGUGCUGAUUCGUAAAGAAGUGUAUCAAUGGCUUUUAUGCGUAGUUUAUCUACAAGAGCUACGAUUAUAGCUCGAAGAUGCCACCCAUCUUUUAGUUAUGUUCUCCAUAAUGAUGAUGAUAGUAAAACCCGCUCGAUUGAUGAGGACUUGUCUUCUCAAAGAAUUGAUAGCUUUCUCCAAAGGAGGUCCUUUGGAAGUCGCAGCUUCAAUAAUUCAGCUGGGUUUGGUGCUUUUUUCCAAGAUAGAAGAUAUUCCCACAAGUUUCUUCUGCCGAGUUCAGGUCCCUCUUUCUGCAGGUAUAUGUCGACCACAGUUGGUGGAGGGCCGGACAAAGUUGAAAUAAUCAGUGAUGUUGCUGAGGUUCUCUCAAAUACAUCCAUGGAAACAGUAGCUGCACAGGCCACAGCAGUGAAUGAAGUUGCCAUUGCUGCUGCUGAUUCUUUCUUGCCAGUCAAGAUGUUGCAGUACAUUAUAGAUUAUGUGCACUGUUAUACUGGCUUGAACUGGUGGGCUGCUAUAGCUUUAACAACUCUUGUGAUUCGGGGGGCAACACUUCCACUUUUGAUAAAUCAACUUAAAGCUACUGCAAAACUCACUCUCUUGAGGCCACAUUUGGAGGAAAUAAAGCAGGAGAUGCAAGAUAAGGCUACGGAUCCCAAUGCCAUUGCUGACGGUCAGCAACGAAUGCAGAAGCUGUUUAAGGAAUAUGGUGUGAAUCCAUUUACUCCACUGAAGGGACUCUUUAUACAAGGUCCUGUCUUCAUCAGUUUUUUCAUGGCUAUUAGAAAUAUGUCAGAGAAAGUCCCAUCAUUCAAAACUGGUGGUGCGUACUGGUUUUUGGAUCUCACAACUCCUGAUGCUUUAUACAUUUUUCCAGUUUUGACUGCACUGUCAUUCUUAAUUACUGUGGAGUGCAACAUGCAGGAGGGUAUGGAAGGAAAUCCUGUUGCUGGCACCAUGAAAAAUGUUUCAAGGGGCCUAGCUGUUCUUACAGUUCCAUUCACCAUGAGUUUUCCUAAGGCUAUAUUUUGUUACUGGAUUACAUCCAACUUGUUCUCGCUCUCGUAUGGACUGGUGCUUAAAUAUCCUGGAGUAAAGAAGUUCUUGGGGGUUCCUGAAAUACCUGUUACAAAGCCAACUACUGCUCCACAACCUGCCUUCUCUGCGAUGGAAGCCCUGAAACGUGCUAUGGCAGUCAAAGCAGAAUCUACCGCAGUACCUCUUGAAUCAGGGAAGCUUCCAGACCAAAGAAUAUCUUCUACUUCAGUUCUUAGUCAAAGGAUUAAAAGUUUAGAGAAACAGGCAAAAGGAAGAAAGAAAAACAAGAAGAGGUGAGGAAAAAAGUAUGUUGUUAGAACUGCUUUUUAAGCUAAUGUAAUAUUUUUUGAAAUAGUCAAAAUUUAUUUAUUGGGUAAGGGUCUAUACCUGAGAAAGAGAGAGCAGUAUAAGGAGGUUAUUCAAUAAUUAGGUGAAAAACUAGAGAGUUUUUGUAAUUCUCCAAAUGAGUUGAAAUUUUUUGUAAGGAUAUGUGUUUCUUGGGGGGGCAAUAUCUGUUGUCUGAAUGGAUUCACGAGGCUAUUCAAGGCUCACAUCCUUUAGUAGAAUAUAAACACGAAGAUGCAUCUAUUUUGAAUGCCAUUUGUGUUUC